CUCAUUUAAAGCCCACGAAACCGCAUCCUCCAGUCCUCCUUCAUCAUCGAUCCUAUCCCUCCCCUCUCCUCUCCCUCCCUGGCCAUACCCAAGCGCACAGCACUUCCCAUCUCUCAACUCCGGUCCGGUCCGGCCGCUAUGGCCACGCCGAGAUUUCUCGCCAUCAUCCUCGUCGCGGCUCUUCUCGCGCUUUCCUUCUCGCAAGGGGCGGUGGAAGGGAGGAAUGUGCAGGUGACGAGGUGGGGGCGCUACGGGCCCGGGCGGUGGCGCGAGCCCCUCCGCGGCGCCCGGUUGCAGGAGCAGAAGGAGGGCGAUGGGAUGGUAUCGACGGUGAUGGACUACUCGGAGCCCAAGGCCAACACCAACCCCCACGGCAGCGUGCCCGCCGCGCCGGAGGACCCCACCUCGCCGCCGUGGCACUGAUCGAUCUACGCAUUUGCGUGUAGAGGACGAAGAGGGUAGGAGCGGUCCGUAACGGACGGCUGCUCUCCUCCCUCCUGCCGCGGUAAAUCUUUGAUGAGUUGGUUGAUCUGGAGAAUUGUAUGUAGUGCUUAUGUCUUGAGUUUUGGUCUCUCGAUCUGUACGUUUCCCCAUCUGUACAACCCAUCCAUGUGUAUGUUCUUUGCAAUAAAAUCAUCAACAUUGUGCCAUUGUUGCAUA